CAUGUUCUUGUCCGGCUGUACUCUACUAUUUCUCUAAAGUCUAAACUCCACUUUACUCUCUUCUUUACGAGUGUGUGUGUGAACUGUGAACUGCGAUCUGUGCCUGUGAAAGCUCUGACACCUGAAGAAAUUCCACACAGUUUCUCUUUCUCACAUCUCAAGUUUCAAAAGAAAAACAGAGAAAAGCAGGAGAAGAAAGUCCGGAUGGGAGAGGGCAGGGGCUCUACUUUGGUCUACAUCCUGGUCGUCGUUCUAAGCUUAGUUGCCUUUGGAUUCGCCAUUGCUGCUGAACGCCGCAGAAGCAUCGGUAGAGUUGUUACAGAUCAAUACAAUGCAAGCUACUGUGCUUAUAACUCAGAUGUUGCAACUGGUUAUGGGGUUGGUUCUUUCUUAUUCCUACUCUCAAGUGAAUCACUGCUUAUGGGUGUCACGAAAUGCAUGUGCUUCGGCAGAGCCUUAGCCCCUGGUGGAAAUCGAGCCUGGUCCAUCAUCUACUUCAUAUCAUCAUGGCUAACUUUUCUGAUAGCGGAGGCAUGUCUAAUUGCCGGAGCAGCAAAAAAUGCUUACCACACAAAGUACAGAGGGAUGAUUUAUGCCCAGAACCUCUCAUGUGAAACUCUGAGGAAAGGUGUUUUUAUUGCAGGAGCAGUGUUUGUGGUUGCAUCUAUGAUUCUUAACGUCUAUUAUUACAUGAACUUUACCAAAGCCACAGCACAAGCUGCUCGCAAAACCAAUCGUCCAAACUCGACAGUCGGAAUGACUGGGUACGCCUAAGACCAGGACAAUGAACCCAGAUAUUUCUUCAAGUUUUGCUUCUUGGGCUACAUGAAAUGAAAAUUUUGGUGGGUCUCUGAUUGUAUGAUGUAAUAGUAAACUGUCAGACAUUUUACUUAAUGCUAUUUACAGAUCCAAAAGAAGUGUUCUAAAUCUAAACCAUCUAUGAUACUACGAUCUACCUUGUGGACUGGACGAGACACGCACACCACACAUAAAUCGCAUUUACGGAUUGGCGAAUGGCGACUUGCCUUGUACCUAUUCCCUACAUCGAUCACAUCUUGUUUUCUUCCCGUCUCAUUUUAUGUGUAGUGUAACGCAUACGCUAUUUGUUUAUUUCCCACAGUUCAGUCAUUCAGUGUGCGUGAGACAGGUCCAGUUCA